AUGGCAGGAGAAAAUUAUACCAUCGUGAUGGAAUUCAUACUUGUAGGAUUUUCUAAUUUUCCUAAACUCCAAGGGUUUCUGUUUGCAGUUUUUUUAAUCAUGUACAUGAAUAUCCUGAUUGGAAAUGGUCUCAUCAUUGCAAUAACCAAGACUGAUCCAGCCCUCCAAACUCCCAUGUAUUUUUUUCUUGGGAACUUUUCCUUUUUAGAAAUCUGUUACACCUCAGUCAUACUCCCCAAACUGUUAACAAACUUUUGGUCAGAUAACAAAAGUAUUUCUUUGCUGUCUUGUGCUGUACAGCUUUGCUUCUUUCUAAUUCUAGGAUCCACAGAAUGCCUUCUAUUGGCCGUAAUGGCAUAUGAUCGCUAUGUGGCCAUUUGUAAGCCACUGAACUAUCCUCUCAUCAUGAAUCACAAAUUUUGUUUCCAACUGGUGGUUUUCUCUUGGAUCGGUGGGAUCCCAGUUCAGAUAGGUCAAACAUAUCAGAUUUUCUCUUUGCCAUUUUGUGGUUCAAACAUACUCAAUCAUGCUUUCUGUGACAUUCCCCCUUUACUGAAAUUAGCCUGUGGGGACACCUCUAUGAAUGAGCUUUCUGUCUAUGUUGUGCUUGUGCUAUUUUCCAUGGCUUCCUCUCUGAUCAUACUAUGGUCCUACUUUAAAAUCAUUGCCCCAAUCCUGAAGCUCCCCUCAGCCACAAGUAGAUACAAAGCAUUUUCCACUUGCUUUUCCCACCUUAUAGUUGUGGGUUUAUUCUAUGGAUCUGCUGCCAUUAUGUAUGUGCAACCCAAAGCCAGUGAGUCAGAAGAAAUUGACAAAGUGCUCUCUCUUUUCUACACCAUUGUAACUCCAAUGUUUAAUCCUGUGAUAUAUAGCCUAAGGAACAAGGUUGUCAUUGCUGCACUAAGAAAAUUAUUAACAAAAUAA